AGUUGCUUAGACAAGCCGACGCAGACUAGCGCCAUGGCCCUGCUGGCGCGGAUCUUGAGAGCCCGGCUGCGACUGGUGCCCGAGCAGGGUGGGCUUCUGGGUGCUGGGGGCCCGCGGCGGCCCCAACCCGAGGGCGCACGGCUCCCGGCGGGGGCGCGGGUGGAGGACAAAGGCGCGGGGCGGCCGGGAGCGCCGCCGGCGGGGGGCCGGGCCGAGGGUCCCCGGAGCCUCGCCGCCAUGCCGGGGCCGCGGACCCUCGCCAACCUGGCGGAGUUCUUCUGCAGGGACGGCUUCAGCCGCAUCCACGAGAUCCAGCAGAAGCACACACGGGAAUAUGGAAAAAUCUUCAAGUCUCACUUUGGUCCUCAGUUUGUAGUAUCUAUUGCAGACCGCGACAUGGUGGCUCAGGUGCUCCGGGCAGAGGGCGCCGCGCCCCAGAGAGCCAACAUGGAGUCCUGGCGGGAGUACCGAGACUUGCGGGGGAGAGCCACCGGGCUCAUCUCGGCGGAGGGUGAACAGUGGCUCAAGAUGAGAAGCGUAUUGAGACAAAGAAUUCUGAAACCAAAAGACGUGGCUGUUUAUUCUGGAGAAGUCAACCAAGUUAUUGCUGACUUAAUUAAAAGAAUCUACCUCCUCAGGAGCCAGGCAGAAGAUGGAGAAACCGUGACCAAUGUCAAUGACCUUUUCUUCAAAUAUUCAAUGGAAGGAGUGGCCACCAUCCUUUAUGAGAGUCGUUUGGGCUGUCUGGAAAACAACGUCCCACAGCUGACUGUGGAAUACAUCGAGGCCCUGGAGCUCAUGUUUAGCAUGUUCAAGACCUCCAUGUAUGCAGGCGCCAUCCCCAGAUGGCUUCGCCCCUUCAUCCCAAAGCCCUGGCGGGAAUUCUGCAGAUCCUGGGAUGGACUCUUCAAAUUCAGCCAAAUUCAUGUUGACAACAAGUUGAGGGACAUACAGUACCAAAUGGACCGAGGCCGGAGGGUGAGCGGGGGACUUCUCACAUACCUCUUCCUUAGCCAGGCGCUGACACUACAGGAGAUAUACGCCAAUGUGACCGAGAUGCUGCUGGCCGGCGUCGACACGACGUCCUUCACCUUGUCCUGGACAGUGUAUCUCCUGGCAAGGCACCCAGAAGUGCAGCAGACAGUGUACCAGGAGAUCGUCAGGAAUUUGGGGGAAAGGCAUGUUCCAACUGCAGCUGAUGUCCCCAAGGUCCCGCUGGUCAGAGCUCUCCUUAAGGAAACCCUGAGGCUGUUUCCAGUGCUGCCAGGGAACGGCCGGGUCACCCAGGAAGACCUGGUUAUUGGCGGGUAUCUGAUUCCCAAAGGCACCCAGCUGGCCCUUUGCCACUAUGCCACAUCGUACCAGGAUGAGAACUUCCCUCGGGCCAAGGAGUUCCGUCCUGAGCGCUGGCUGCGGAAAGGGGACUUGAACAGGGUUGACAAUUUUGGGUCCAUCCCCUUUGGUCAUGGGGUUCGCAGCUGCAUCGGGCGGAGAAUUGCAGAACUGGAGAUUCACCUCGUCGUGAUCCAGUUGCUUCAACAUUUUGAGAUCAAAACGUCUUCUCAGACUAAAGCUGUUCACGCAAAAACCCACGGGCUCCUGACGCCAGGGGGGCCCAUCCACGUGCGAUUUGUUGACAGAAAGUAAGCCUGGGUUUUAAACCUGGGCUGAUGUAGCAGACCAGCUCGCCAACACACACUGGCAGAGGAAGGCAGCAUCGCUAGAGUCUGUCUCAUGAUAGGCUGGCCUCCUGGGUCCCGGGACACUUGUAAAUCUUUAUGCAAAGCAAUGUAAAAUGGCUGCUGUUUUACUGGUGCAUACCAGAAGUCGCCUUUUCUUUGGGGGAAACAGCUGAUUAAAAAGCAGGGGCACAGAAUAUUCAUGCUUCACACAUUGUGCGAGACUCAGUAUUGAAUGACUGGCAGUAUUCUGUGCAUUUACUUGUACAGGGAAAUGGUGGUUUACUUACAAAUUCAGUUAAUUGAAUGUAUGUUCUCUAAUACUGGCAUCCGGGCUCUAUGUUAGAAGGCGAUUUCAACUUACUGUUUCUAAUUUGAAGAGGGAACAUUAAGAAUGCCUCUGUAAUACUGUCAUUAUGGGAAGAAAACACCAGAGGCAAUAUUUUAUCCUGAGCAACAGAUUUAGAUCCUUUUGAAGGGCUCAAACUUAAAAGGGCCAGCCGGGCCUGGUGGCUCAUGUCUGUAAUCCUGGCACUUUGGGAGGUCAAGGUGGGAGGAUUGCUUGAGCCAGAAGUUCAAGACCAGCCUGGGUGACAUGGUGAAACCCUGUCUCUACAAAAAAUAAAAAAAUUAGGCCAGGCAUGGUGGCUCAUGCCUGUAAUCCCAGCACUUUGGAAACCGAGGGGGGUGGAUCAUGAGGUCAGGAAUUCAAGACCAGCCUGGCCAAGAUAGUGAAACCCCGUCUCUACUAAAAAUACAAAAAUUAGCCAGGUGUGGUGGCAGGCUCCUGUAAUCCCAGAAACUGAGGAGGCUGAGGCAGGAGAAUCACUUGAACUCGGGAAGUGGAGAUUGCAAUGAGCUGAGACUGUGACACUGUACGCCAGUCUAGGCGACAGAGCAAGACUUCGUCUCAAAAAAAAAAAAAAAAAAAAAAAUUAGCCAGGCAUGGUGGUGCACACCUGUGGUGCCAGCUACAUGGGAAGCUAUUGCAGGAGGAUCAUUUGAUCUCAGGAGGGUGAGUCUGCAGUGAGCUAUCUAUGAUGGCACCACUGCACUCCAGCCUGGGCGAGAGUGAGACUCUCUCUCAAAAAUAAAAUAAAAUAAAAGGGCUGUAUUCUUACUUUUCUCUCCGAAGCUAGUGCUUAAUUUUCUUGUCAUAACGCCUGAUGAAGUUGACUAUUAGUUUUUAUUUGGAGAUAAUAAAAAAGAAAGCUCCUGGUGAAAUCAAGAAUAAUUCGAUUUUCUAACCAAAUCUAAUCAUGGAGCAGAGUAGCGUUUAAGAACUGGAACUAUGACUGUGUAAAAUUUUGUGGCCUAAGUUGUGAGAAGCAAUUAAACAGGCAGCGUGGCAAACAAUGUAACUUUAGAAUACCUUGAUUUCAAGGAAAAAUAAAUACAUAAAUAGAGAUGCUACAGAUAAGACAAUAUUUUUAUCUUCUUGGUGUUCUUGUAAAUAUCCACAAGAGAACCCUGACCCAGCUUCGGGCUUGAGCCAGGCUCUCAGGGAAGCCCUGUCUCCGGGAGGGCUGGGUCCUGCUGAGUUUUGUUGCCUUCCUGCUGCUCACUGGUUGCUAAGAGGAGAUACCUGGCCGGGCUCGGUGGCUCAUGCCUGUAAUCCCAGCACUUCAGGAGGCCGAGGUGGGCAGAUCACGAGGUUAGGGGUUCGAGACCACCCUGGCCAAAAUGGUGAAACCUCGUCUCUACUAAAAAUACAAAAAUUAGCCGGAUGUGGUGGCGCGCACCUGUAAUCCCAGCUACUCAAGAGACUGAGGUAGAAGCAUUGCUUGAACCAGGGAGGUGGAGGUUGCAGUGAGCCGAGACUGAGCCACUGCACUCCAGCCUGGAUGACAGAGUGAGACUUUGUCUUAAAAAAAAAAAGAGGAAACACCAUGAUUUCUUGUUGCUCUUGCCUUGUCUUCAUGCCUGAAAUAUCUGAUUCCCAAUUCCAUAAUUUUCUUUACAUAAUCCUUCUCCAAAAAUUACUUCCCUACUAAGAUAGACCAUACAGGUUUUUUUUUCCAUUUAGUAAGUCACUCUGCAAAAUAACCCUUAAGUAAAAUAGACAUAAUAUCCAUUUCACAUACCAUUUUUGUUAAAGUAUAUAAUAAGGUUGAAAUCUUUGUGUGAUAGCAGAAUAACUCUAGUAUGAACGCUGUCAGUGUACAGGUAAAUGUAAAAUUGGGUCUAUUAACUGGCCAGGUGUUGGAUUGAUUACUCUAAGGUGGCCGUAUAUGUAUGUUAAGUUUUAUAAACUAGAUGAAACUGCAUUCUGUUUGAGGCUGAAAUUUAAAAAUAUUGAGAGUAACUAAGAGACUUGAAGUGCCCUCUUAUUCCCUGGGUGUAUAGGCAGUGUGCCCUUCUAGUGAAGUGUGUCUCUGCCCGGGGAUCAGCACAGGGUGAAUAGAAAGUACCUGUGCCCAUUGCUCAGUCUCACUGAACAGGAAGGGAAGCAGCCAGACAGGGGGGGCCUCGUGAUGUGAUGUAGCGGGAAGUGCAGAGUGCCACCCAGGAAGCAUCCGUGCCAAAGAAACAGCAAUUCAGCUGGACAAGUUUCUAGGUUCACUACUGGUUGGUGGGAAAUAUGGGGUAUACAGGGAAAUGUCAAAAUUCCAUGGGGGGCUGGGCAUGGCAGCUCACACCUGUAAUUCCAGCACUUUGGAGAGACUGAGGAGGGAGGAUCGCUUGAGGCCAGGAGUUUGAGAUCAGUUUGGGCAACAUAGGGAGACCCUGUCUACUAAAAACAAAAAAAGAAUUAGCUGAGUAUAGUGGUGUAUGCCUGUAGUCCUAGGUAUUUGGGAGGCUGAGGUGGGAGGAUUGCUUAAGUGAGCCGUGAUCUGCCACUGCACACCAGCCUGGGUGACAGAGUGAGACACCAUCUCACACAAACAAACAAACUCCAUGGGGAUGCAGUCAGCAAAAUCCAGAAUAGAGCGAGGUCUAUAGGGCCAAUGUCUUGGGUUUCCAACAAAACAGUAAGUGACAGGUAAAGAACAAGGGGAGGGGCCGGGUGCGGUGGCUCAGUCCUGUAAACCCAGCACUUUGGGAGGCUGAGGCCAGUGAAUCACCUGAGGUCAGGGGUUCGAGACCAGCCUGGCCAACGUAGUGAAACCCCCCUCUCUACUAAAAAUACAGAAAUUAGCUGGGCAUGGUGACGGGUGCCUGUAAUUCUGGCUACUCGGGAGGCUGAGACAGAAGAAUCGUUUGAACCUGGGAGAUGGAGGUUGCAGUGAGCCAAGACUGUGCCACUGCACUCCAACCUGGGCAACAGGAGCAAAACUCUGUCUAAAAAAAAAAAUCCACAAAAACCCAAGAGUUGGGGAGAACAGUUAGAGAUGAAGCAAUAGGAGACAUAUGAACCAAGUGCAGAUUCAAAUAAACCACUCGUAAAAAGACAUUCGAGAGAUAAUUUAAAAAAUAAAAGCCAAAAAUAUUAAUUCUCCCAAUCAAUCAAUGAAAAAGAGUGCAAUUUGGGGAAAUUUGAAUGCUGACUGUGUGUAUUUGAUGAUAUUUGGGAAUUACUGUUAAUUUUUUUUUGGUGUGAUAAUGAUAGUUACGUUUAAAAAAAGAGAUCUUAUCUCUUGGAGAUAUCACUUAAGAGUAUAAAUGUUUAUGGCUGAAAUGCCAUGGCAUCUUGGAUUUGCUUUAAAAUAACCCAGCUUGCUGUGGAGGGGCGGGGGUGGGUAAUGUUUAUGGCUGAAAUGUUAUGGCAUCUUGGAUUUGCUUUAAAAUAACCCAGCUUGCUGCGGGAGUGAGGCGGGUAAUGUGUGUGUGGGAAGGUGGGGAGGCUUCGGGAGGAAGAGAUGGCCCGAGAUUCAGCAGAUGUUGCUGACUGUGGAAGCAGGGUGAUGGGGCGGGGGUGG